UUGCUAUUUUUUGAGAUUGCAGCGCCCUCUAGUGGACUAUUUAACUUGCUCUGCUCACACACAUUUAUUUCAGUUGUUGAGGAGAUUAAAAAUGUGACAGGCAUGACCAUUAUCCAUUUGGCAUUUGCCGGUACAGGUGGUCUAAUAUUCACAAUUGGUCUCUGUUUGCCCGUAGAGUUUAAUGGAGAUCUGGUCGGAUGUCAGCUGGAACUGUUGUUAUAACCGGGGGAAUUCUUGCAACGGUGAUUCUCCUCUGUAUCAUUGUCGUACUCUGUUAUUGUCGACUUCAGUAUUACUGCUGUAAGAAGAAUGGAUCAUCAUCAUCAGACAGAGAUGCUGUUUGUCCUCAACGUCAGUUUGCCUGCAACGCAUGCAGCACACUCAGGAUGGACAGGAGCGGGGCGACCCCGGUCUCCCUAUCACCCGAACCCACGCCGCCUCCGAGUUUUUGCCCUAUCUGUUCUCCCUACAGCUCCCCCUUCUAUAUCCGCACGGUGGACGAAAUGUAUAAUGGUGGGGAACGGAUCACAUACAUGCCUGCCCACUACGACACUCCCUCCGUUUCUCUCACACUUCCCUCUAUACACAAUUCAUCGAUGAGCUCACGAACCCGACCGGAAAUCUGCUUCAACACGUGUGCUAUCAGUACGGAUGUCUGAUAAAUAACACUGACUGUAAUGAGGCCUAAUGCCUCAGAUCUGAGCAUCAGUAUGAGGGCUGUAUGGACUUUUAACACUUUUACGUAUCUACCAUUAGACCAAAAUCUAAAUAUUUAUACACUCUAACAAAUGCUGGGUUAUUUUCAGUCAAGCAUUGCGUCAAAAUUGGACAAACUCUGGGUUGUGUUAACUCAAAAUGCUGAGUUGUUGAGUCUGCUGGGUUUGUAACUUUUUGACCCAAUGCUUGGUUGAAAAAACUCAAAAUUGAUCCAAGGGUUAAAGCUGUUUGUUUGAUUUCAAUUACACUAAGGGCUCCUGGUUUUCUAAAUCUUUAAUAGCUGUGUGGACUUUUUAGAUGUAGAUGCCUCUUUAAAUAUUUUAACAUGUGGGCUUCCAAUAAUGGGCUAAUAAAUGAGGGCUAUUUAACAUCCUUUUCUUUUUAUGAAAAAGAAUUGUAUGUCUUUAUUAUGUAAAUUAUUAAAUAAUUUGUAUUAGGACAUGACUGGUAACUAAACUAAAAAAAGUAACAUUGUGCUAAUAAACAGUAAAGGCUUUUUUCACGUAUUUCUCUAUGCAAGUUUAACAUGUCUAGUUGCAACAUAAUGUGGAUACAUAAUGUGUAUCCAACUUUUUGUGAGCAAGGGCUACCAAUGGAUGGUCUGAAGGGGCUACUUUUUGAUAUAGUCUACUCAAAAAAAGUUUUAUUUAACUUGUUGAUAUGUUUUAUCAUUGUUUAAAAUGUUAACAUACAUGUUAGUUGGAGACCACUGCAAUAGACAGAUGCAUAUAGUGCAACAAUUUAUGUGUAAUGUUUUUGGGUAAUAUAUAAAUGUGUUGUUUAUAAUCACUGUAAAAAUCUAUUGUCAGGACGACGUUGUGUUUGGAUAUCAAGGAGAUGCUGGGUUCUGACGUUAGUUCGACAUUGGCUUCUGACGUCAAGAAGACAUUGGGUUGAAACUUUCUAUGAGAUCUAUGUUAUGGAAAAAUCCUUUUCCCUCAAAGUUGAAAAGAAAAGUUUUA